CUUGCAGGGAAACCUGUGUUUAUCAAUGGAUAGGCCUGAAGCAGCUGUAGUUGCCUUCAGAGGAGCUCGAGAGUUGAGGCCUGAUCUUCGUUCAUAUCAAGGUUUAGUUUGCUCUUAUUUGGCAUGCUCAAAAGUUAAAGAAGCCCUUUAUACGGCCAGGGAAGCAAUGAAAGCAAUGCCUCAAUCUGCAAGGGCUCUAAAAUUGGUUGGAGAUGUCCAUGCUAGGAAUCCUGGUGGUAGGGAGAAGGCAAAAAAGUUCUAUGAGUCAGCUCUUUGUCUCGAACCUGGUUACCUUGGAGCUGCAUUAGCUUUGGCUGAACUGCAUGUCAUUGAGGGACGAAAUGGAGAUGCCGUCUCUCUUCUUGAGAGAUAUCUCAAGGACUGGGCAGAUGACCGUCUUCAUGUUAAGUUGGCUCAAGUUUUCUCUGCAACUAAUAUGCUGGAGGAUGCGUUGGCCCAUUAUCAGGCUGCACUAAGGAUCAACUCGCAGAAUGAAGCUGCCAAGAAAGGAUUGGACCGCUUGGAGAGACAGAUGAAGGGAGUGGAUCCAGAUGCACCUGACGAAGAUGAAGAAAACGAGGUUGAGGAUGCAGAUGCAGAUGUUGAGGAGACGGAGCUGCUAUAA